AGCGGACACCCGCAGGAAACAAGAAAUGGAUUUAAUACCGCUAUUAACGUAUUGAUAACAGACUCCAGCCAUGAACAAUGACCAUAGUUGACAAGUUGUCAGAGAAGUCCGACCACGAGUCAGUCGGAUUUAACCGCUCCUCCUUCUCAAGUGGAGACGUGGGGAUGGACGGCAGCUGUUCCAGCAGCUGGGCAGUGGGUCCCACCAUGCCCAGUGACUCUCCAAGGCUCAAGUCUCCAGGAGGCUGCAUGGGUCCGACCCCUGGUGCUGCUGUCUACAACAGCACACCCUCCUCUAUGGACCGGCCCAAGGACCAAGUUAUAAGCAGUGGGGAUGGAAUCGAGUUGCCCCAGAAGGUCCUGUUCCCUCCGGAGCGGCUCAGCCUAAAGUGGACCCAGGUCCACCGUGCGGGUGCCGGCCUGCAGAACAUGGGGAACACGUGCUUCCUCAACUCAGCCCUACAGUGUCUCACCUACACGCCACCGUUAGCCAACUACAUGCUGUCAAGGGAGCACUCUAAAACAUGUCACGAGCCGGGUUUCUGUAUGAUGUGCACCAUGCAAAACCACGUCAUUCAGGUUUUUGCCAACUCUGGGAAUGUCAUUAAGCCCAUCGGUGUACUCAAUGAGCUUAAAAGGAUUGCAAAGCACUUCCGCUAUGGAAGUCAGGAGGAUGCACAUGAGUUCCUUCGGUACACGGUGGACGCUAUGCAAAAGUCCUGCCUACCUGGAACUAAGUUGGACAGACAAACGCAGGCAACCACCUUCAUCCAUCAAGUAUUUGGUGGGUAUCUUCGGUCCAGAGUGAAAUGUUUAAACUGUAAAUCAGUCUCAGAUACAUUUGAUCCUUUUCUGGAUAUCACUCUGGAAAUUAAGACAGCUCCUAGUGUCUCUAAAGCUCUGGAGCAGUUUGUAAAAGCAGAACAGCUGGAUGGUGAAAAUGCCUACAAGUGCACCAAGUGCAAAAAGAUGGUCACAGCCUCAAAGAGGUUCACAAUUCACCGCAGCCCCAACGUGCUCACCCUCUCACUAAAACGAUUUGCAAACUUCACCGGAGGAAAAAUCACCAAGGAUGUUAAAUAUUCAGAAUACCUUGACCUGCGGCCCUUCAUGUCUCAGUGUCAAGGAGAAGCCCAGAUCUACGGACUGUAUGCUGUUCUGGUCCACUCUGGAUUCAGCUGCCAUGCUGGACACUACUUCUGCUAUAUUAAGGCUAGCAACGGUCAGUGGUAUCAGAUGAACGACUCCUCUGUGUCUGUGAGCGACAUCCGCUCUGUCCUCAACCAACAGGCUUAUGUUCUUUUCUACAUCAAAUCAUCUGAUGUGAAGAAAACUGGGAACUACAACAACUUCAGUCAUAACAACCCCGGCAUCUCCGGUCAGUCGUCUCCACGGCCUGUGGUGACGCCGCGCAUCCACACCACCUCCAACCACAACAGUACUGGCUUCAUAGGUCCACAGUUACCUCCACAUAUGACCAAGAGCGCUCCACACGUUAAUGGGAAUGGAUCUCUGAAGGACUUCCCCACCAGUUCCAAAGCCAGCACCAGCAGCAGCGCAGCUGGAAAACCUGGCAACGGACCGGCUUCUUCCUCCAUCUCUCACUCGAUCAGCCGACCCACGAUGAUCCCGGACCAAGACAAACGACAAAAGCUUUCAUUUUUCAUCGGACAAGGCAAACAGAACCGACCAGCGUCUUCGUCCUCCUACAGCCAGCCGUCCUCUGCGAGCAGCUCCUCCUCUUCCUCACAGUCUACCUCAGAUGCUCACUCCGUUCCACAUGUUAACGGCACAUCUUGCAGUAAUGGGGAUCAUGCUGCAGGGAACGGAACGUCUUUCCUGGUACCGUACAGCCAGGAGUCUUCUGAAGAAUCGGAUCAGGAAAACGGUGGCUCUCUAGAUAACGGCUGCUUGUCCAAGUCUCAGACUAAAGAAAAUAAUGUCCCGGCAGAUGUCUGUGCUGGUUCUCCUCAAAACACAAACGGUGAACCAGAAGUGCACCAAAAUGGUAAUAAAUUAAACGGACCAACCUGCGGAGACUCUAAAUCCACCCCGAACGGACAUGAACACCAUAAAGUGAAUCGACACAGCACUCCUGAGAAGGUUUCUACCAGUAAUCACAGCAGCUCGUCCUCUGGGAUUGCUGUUGCUAACGGACUCGGCGCUGGUCAUUGUCAGCCAAGCAAAGAGACGCCGCAGUCUGCCUCAUCCCAAGCCAGUUCCUCUCAGCACUUUCAUUCUGCUGCCAGUGAAAGUGAGCACUUCCCUGCAGACACAAGGGCUAAAACGCUGUCUGAACCCCUGCCUCGUCACACCUCAUCCACUGUUAGCACUCCACCGUCAGCUUUGACCACAGACACCCACUCUGCUGCACUGAAAGAGUCUGCUCUCCCAGAGCGUCCUGGUACCCUCACGGCCUUAUCCUCGGAGCCAGACAGCUGCCAAAGUGCCAGCGGAGUAGCUGCUCCUCAGAAGGUUAGCAAAAAUGACGAUGAAGCCAAGAAUUCCUUACAGACCAAUGGUCCAUCAGCAGGAACUGAAGGACAACUGGAAUACAAGUGUCAGUUCCAGUCCAAACCCAGUCCUAGAAGGAAUGAACAGCAGUCCUCUCCAGACAGGGAGAGAGACCGACUGUGCUCUGACUACAGCAGACACAGAGAGAGACACUACAGGGACAGGAGUCCAACACAAGACGGCCACAGUGACCGCUAUCGCUACAGACGAGACCACAGAGAUCACCAUCGCUCCUUCAGGGAUCGUUUGCCUCCUCCCCAACGUAAAUACAGGGACUGGGAGUUCGAUCGUCAUCGGCAGCGAGCUGUCCCGCACUACUGGGACCACGACCGCCACAGGCGCUCCUACUAUUCCAGCCACCAACGGUUUGAUGGGGGCCACGAGCGGAGGGGACACCCCCACCGUGACGAGUCUCACAGUGGUUGGAGGUGGCAGCAGGACAGUCGAGGGUCACGGACAGUGACGGACAGAAGGAGCGCCUGGGAGAAAGACUGUUACCGCUCCAAAGAGAGGAGUUCUUCCCCUGCUGCACUUCUAGAAACCAACAAGUCCAAGCUGUCACCUCCCCGAGCGCGCCCCUCCAAUACCGACUCUUCUUUUAGGAAGUCUGAUCAGAGUGCUGCGGAGCACGUGAAGAGAGAGAGAGAGGACAGCUCUGAGGCGUCCCGCUGUAAAAAACAUAAAAAGAGCAAGAAAAAGAAGAAGUCUAAAGAUAAAGACCGGCACCACGAGAGCAGCUCAGACGUGGACUCGGACAGAGCCACGGAGACACGGAGGAAGAAGAAAAAGAAGAGGAGGCGCAGGGACAGUGAUUCAGAGCAGCGGAGUCCAGAUGCAGCUCGGGGCCACAACCGAAGCAGCGAAGAACGGGAGAGCCGUAAACGUCGUCACUCCGUCACCAAGGACUCUAAACACGAUGGCGGAUCGCCGCCGGAAAAGCGACGUCGAACGGACUACGCUGAUGGCAGCAGGGACCAGUUACUCCCCCCACAUCACAACCCCACUUCAAGCGAUUCAACACACGCCCAUCUCAACGGAUACACAGGAAACGGUUCCAGUCAAACCAACAACUCCUCCAGCAGCUCCAGACACCGACUCUGAACCGUUGGACAACAGCAGAGGAACAAUAUCAAGAACUUUCUGAAGUGGUGCUUCUUCACUGGGAUUCUACAUUUUUACCAGAACAAGUGUUUUAAAUGUGCAACAGUUUGUUUUAUUUUAACCAGUGUUGAUUUCCUACCUUGAAACUCACCCAGUUAAAAACAAGUCACCAGUUUUACGCUGAAAAUAAUUAAUAUAUUCUUGUUUGGACCCAAACAAAAGCCCGGAGCUCAGACCUCUCAGCUGCUGCUCGGUGGAACUCAGGACUCGUGAACAUCCCUUGCUCAUCCAUCUGCUUCAACGACAACAAGGGAGAAUGUUUUACCAAGAAGAACUGCAAUACGUCGUGUUGAGCGAACGGUGAAGAUGUCGCCACAUCUGCACAGCUGCGAUGUUUUUAUUGUUGCCGAACCCGCUGUGCGCUCACACUAAGAGAGGAGAUGUUUAUGAACGAGGCAGACGAGCGCAGCGGGGCCAACUCAUACCUCCACAUUAACCCUGGACACACUUGAGAACAUUUCUCAGAUUUUUAUUUUUAAAGCAUCUAUCCUUUUUUUUUUACCCUCUGAAGCUUAAGGUUUACUU